CUUGACAAAAGAUUGAUUUAAACUAUGGUUCAAUACGAUUAAAAGUAAACUAGGUCAAUGCUAUAUAUAAAAGAGAUAAUAAUAUUUUAUUUCAGGUUAACUAGUAUAGUUCUAAUUUCACAAGCGAAUGUAUUAGAAGAGAUAGAGAUAAAACACUAUUAGUAUUACGCUUUUAAGUUCUGCGUGUUAAAUGGUCGAUGUGUAGAGCACACUUUUCAAAAUCAAGACGAAACCGAUUUAAGAACACGUAGAGCAUACAGCAAGAUAUCUAGUCUGCAAGAAGCAUAUUAUAAUGGAAGACGUUAAAUAUAUAUCUGAUAUAAUUUCUAAAGCCUUACAUUUAGAAGGACUAGGAAUCAGCAGAAAAAUUGCAAAUAUUCAUAGAAACCACAUCCACAGCAUCGAUGAAUUCUAUUUUGCUAAAAGCGAAAUAUUGCGACAGUAUCACGGUGGAAGUAGCGCCGAAGGCACUUCUACCAUAGAAAGUGACAUUGAUAAAAUGAUGGUGGUUCCAGGCGUUAUCGUCUGCUCUGGUGUUAAUACCACACAGAAAAUGAACUGUCAUAUUUUCGAAAUGAACUCAAACAGCUGUCGACCUGGAUUCACAACACUUAUACCAGUUCACAUCGAAAACUCAGAUUAUGACUUAUUUCAAAUGUACCAGAAGGAUAUUAGAGAUUUGCUUGAAAAAGAUGAACGAGGUAAUUUAUUGCUUUCUAGUGAGAAGUUCCACCAGUUUCUGCUUGAUAUUCCAGCAAAUAUUCCUCCCGAUAAACGAGCAUUGCCGACUCAUUACAGACACGGACCUGCUGCAACUUGCGUAGAAACUGAUUCUCAUGGGUAUGUUGCUGGGGAGUCUGGUACUGAAAUUGAAAUAGACUUUUCUCAUGGGCUUUUGAUGGAAGAAUGGCCAGAAGAAGCAAAAGAGUGGAUUACGAGACAAAGAAAUUAUUGUUGGCCUGGGAAAGACUUGGUUGAGAAAAUAUCCAAUUUUGAUUGUCAUCUUGUUCCAGUGGGGGACAAGUCCUCUAACCAUCAGCAUCUCGAAUGGCGCAUGUCAUUUUUGCUAUGUGAAUUAGAGCUAGUUUGGAGUUUCAGUGAUAUUCAAAUUCAACUGUACUUUUUGUUAAAACGAAUUGUGAAAUCAGAGAUCGAACCUCUUUAUCCCGAUCAGCUCAGUUCGUAUCAUAUGAAAACAGCAGUUUACUGGUACUCGGAAACUGACGAUAUAACACAAUGGACUAGGUACGACUUAUUAGAGCUUGUAAAACAUUGUCUGAUGUUUGUUUCAGGUUGCAUAGAAAAAGGAGAGCUACACCAUUACUUUCAUCGAAAACGAAAUUUGCUAUUUGAGAAGUUCAUCGAUCCAAAAGGAAAGCUCGUGGUUCUAAAUAAAAUGAAGCAACUAAAAGAAAAUGUUUUACCUAUAGUCAUUAAACUCCUAAACCAACCAUAUUUGGACGGAGCAUUGGCAAAGAGCAGUGAGGAUCCAGCAGGGUUUCUAGGAUAUUGUAGAAGUCUAGACUUUUUAGGACCCUCGUUUUCUAAAACAUGUUAUCAAAAUGAAUUAUUUAGCUUAUUUAAACAAGCCUUUAGUGUUUUCAUAUCAAUGGUGGAAUCAGAAAUCGAAACUUUAUGUCGACAAUGGAAAUAUUUUUAAACAGAGAAAGCUAGUGAUAUCGAUGAGGAUUUUUUCUGUUUUCUGAUCCAGUUUUUAGCUUUACGGCUUGGAAUAUCUUUCCAGAAAGAAUCAAAGAAAGACAAAAACAGAAUACACUUUGAAAUGCUGAGAAAAGAUGCAGAAGUUUUCGUUUUAAAAGGAAAAGAAUUAGAUGCACUGUCUGGGUAUCUUUAUCUUGCGACAUUUUAUCUGAAUGUUAACAAAACCGAAAUGGCAGUUACAGUCUUAGAAUCACUAAUGAUAAAACAUAAUGGCGCUUCUUUUAUAUAUCCAGGGUGGUGCUCUCCGAAGAAAGGGAUCAAGGUGUCUUCUAGCAUAUGUCGUCAAAUUGAAUGCCCUUUUAUACAGGAAGACAUAUGUCUAAAUAAUGCUGUAGGAUUUGAUGUAACAUUUUCUGCGGAUGAUGUUUCAUUUGUUCCUCACCCUGUCAAGUUUGAAUGUAUCCUCGUCCAAAACGAAUUUGAUGGCUUUAUCGUGAUACACCCAGUUGUGUAUAUGUAUUUUAUAAUGACUAUCGCAUUUUACAACUGCGGAAACCUUAGCAAAUCACUGGAACAUCUGCAAAAACUAGACACGUCAGUGGAUGAAGCCAAAGGAGGAAUGCAACGAUUUAGAGCUCUGAAUUUACUAGGAUGCUGCAACUUUCUUGUAGGACGAUUCGAGUCAUCAUAUAAAUAUUAUAUUGCGUCCAUUGAGGAAACGUACGCAUUCGGUAAUUUUCAAAAUGCUGCCAUAUAUCACAUUAUAAUUAUGAUAUAUUACUUAAAAAUGAUAGGAAAAAUUGAAUUUUGAUAGCAAUCUGAUUACAUCUAUAUUUGAUGCUGUUUUUAGGACAAAGUAUUAUGAUCAUGUUUAUAGAUAUGGUCAAAGAUAUAUAUUUGAGUGUUAUGAUAAAAAAGGAUAACAUAUUCAUUUUACAGUUCUAUUUAGAAUACUGUAAAAAAGAUGUCAAUUAGAAUUAAUCAAUUCUUGUAAUUGAGAACACGACAUUGGAGAAAAGUUGGAAUAUAUAAAUGUACACAGUCCCCUUGACUAUAGAUAUUGUAUUAUAAAAAAAAAUAUAAUGAUUCCUCUUUCGCAACAAACCGUUUAGGUGAAUUUAUUCACCGUGCUGAAUUGGGCUCCUCCUUCCUUUAUUAGUCUCAACUAUUAUGAUUAAAGUUUAAAUAUUUUAGACUUUUUUUUAUAGAAAAGUGUAUGUUUAUAUCAUUAAAAUUUAUUAAACUCAAA